GGGGGUUGUUGGAUCCGGUGGUGAGGGAGGGGGAUAGUGAUGAAGAGAUGGCACAGAGUGGGGAUGCGGGUUCUGGCGAAGAGGGAGAUGAGGACGAGGCCAUGGACGAUGAAGACGAAGAGGAGAUCGAUGUUGCGAAAACCGGUGUCUACGGACCCGUGGAUCAGGAUCUGAACAAUGACAAUGAAGAGAACGAGGAGAGCGAUGAGGAGGAAUCGCGACCUUUGACUUCAAAGCAACGUAUUCCACAAAUAUCCCUCCAAAGUCCCCUACCUAAUCGAAAUCGAAGCGGGAAACAGCUUUCAAGGGCACGAUCAUCUUCGUCAAACUCCAUCCGCCGCCACAUAUCCCGCAAAAAACCCGCCAAUGCCCUCCCUACACCGACCUGGAGAGGCAAGAAUUCUUUGCUCAACAGUACCAGCACUUCGACGACACCCCAGGCCAGCUCCGCUCUCCAGCUACGUGCGGAAAACGAACGGAAACGAAGUGCUCAGACCCAAUCAACCAGCAACAAGAAGCCCCGUAGCUCUAUGAGCGACAGUGCGCAGUCAGCUUCUAAUAUCUCUCUCGCCGCGGACCCCAAGCCGGCUUCUGUCGGCAGCGAAGACGCCGACCAGGAGGAAGAAGAGGAGUCGGACUAUGAAGACGAGCUGGUAGCCGAAGAAAUACUGAAUGUCAGCGUCACUUUCCCCGGCAACCGACUCCCAGGGAAAAUAUCGUACCUCGUAAAAUGGGCGCAUUCAGACGGGCAACCGUCUUGGGAGGACGCAAAACAGCUAGGCAAAUUAGAAGUGUUGAUUGGUUCGUUCCAUCAAAAAUAUCAGGAAUGUCCAGACCCAAAAGUGUUGAGCAGAAUGGAGAAUAAUCCCAAGCGCGCUGAUUGGCGUUUCAUCAAAGGUGGGGAUUGAAGGGGUGUCGUGCCAUUGUUAGGGAGCGCUGGCUUUGAGAGGUUACGAAUUGGAUAUGAUUGCCAAAUUUUGGAUCUAUUAUGACUUAUGAAAGGUAUUGUUUGGACAGGCUUUGGUAUCGCUAUCUUAGAAACGUUUUCUAGGAGGCCGCUGGAAAAGGAUUAACGACGCUAUGAAAGUUUCGGUCGCCGUCUAGUUCAUUAUUUUUCGAUAUCAAAAAUAAAUUCGGUACCCAACACACCACGCGGGGUGUGAAAAAGGUGGCACACCAAAGCACCAAAAUCAGCCGAAUCGCAAAAUGUCUGCCCACUUCACCAAUAUCCUCAGCAACCACAACAGAUAUCAAGCCCGAUCAGAUUAAAUAAUCUCAUA